AAAAGGUACACAAUAGGAGGAUGGAAAGGAAUCUGCAGUAGGACACCGGGAAAAUAAACUUUAAUAAGACCGAAAAAUACAAUGUAAGAAUCGCUAUAAAGAACUUUGUAUGCGUACGCCAUCAAAAUCUAUUCGCAUGUAAUUUCUAUGCUCUUCGGGGUUGCGGGACGUGCUAACGUGGGAACGUGCUGACGCAAGCGGUCGCUGUCGUGUCCGACCAGCGCUUCCUGUGAUUGGACAGCAGACAGAGUCCAUACUACGGUGAGCCACGGUGUGCGCUGGUUGAGGCCGGAUCUUCUCUUCCAGCACUUCAAUGGAGGACCGGCCCAGCGAGCGGGCGCACGACAAACGGCAGCACCGCGGAGAGGAGCGCAGCCCGUGCCGGCCCAAGCGAGCGCUGAGGAAUGGCCAGAACCGCUGCGAACUCCAGCGCCAGCAGGAAGCGCCGUCGAAGAAAGCAGGCACCAGGAAAGUGAAUGGCAGUUCGGCAGAAGCAGAGCAAACACCUUGCGCUGGUGGCUCCAUCCUUUGCAGCAAUGGCAGCGGGCAACACCGAGAGAGCAGCUUCGGGGUCCGGCACCUGGGCAAGGCCACUAGCUGUGUGCUGAAGGCGGCCAGCAGAGGAACUCCUGCUAAGGCUGCUGGGGACAGCAAGAACAGCAGAGAGCCCAUCUUGCUCCUCAACGGAAUGGUGGGGCUCGACUCUGGCUGCGUUACCAACGGUUACCCUGCCAAGCGAGUGCCGGACACGGACAGCAGCAGCUCUGAGAGCGGCUACGCCACGCCAGAAGGUGGCACAACGGUGCUGAAGGGCAGCGUCUUGUCCUCGAGGCGGGACUCCGUGCCCUCCAGUCCAGAGAUGGGCAAGAAACCCUCUGGCGUGCGUCCGGAUGACACGAGGGCCCCCUCCGGCCCGGCAGCAGCAACUGGAGAACCGCAACGCAAAAACUCGGACGCAAAAGUGGCCAGCAGAAGGUUCGAGGAGCGGCCCGGCAGGAGCAAGACUGCCACGCCUGUGCCCUUGAAGGAGGACACGUGGACUUUGUUCAGGCCACCUCCCGUCUUUCCCGUGGACAACAGUAGCGCCAAGAUUGUGCCCAAGAUCAGUUAUGCAAGCAAAGUGAAGGAGAACCUGAACAAAAUGGCACCGGAAGAGGGCCUGAUCAAAUCCCCCCCUCCACCUGUCGUGAGCGCUGCCACCACGAGACUGUCACACGUCCCCAUGUCUGCCGUGAAAACUAUCCCUUCGGCCAGCUUCUCCAACGGCCCCCUUUGUACAGAUGGCACCAGCUUCCCCCCCAGCCCAUCCCUGCCCGCUGUCCCUGUGGCCACCUCCUUCACUGGGGCCGACAAUGCAGCGGUUCCCCCCAGUAACAGUAGUGGCACAACUUUGCCCUUGGCUGCCACAGGCGAGCACAGGAAGGCCGCUCUCUUUGUUUGCCCUUUGACCCUUUCCAGUAUGCAGCCGGUGCUUCCCAGCGCCCGUCUACCGGAUGCCCCUGCUCCUGAGGCAGGCCGUAAAGCCCUGGUUGACAUCUUCCACAACGAGUGGGGGCUGUCCUUCAUCAACGAGCCCAAUGCGGGUCGCCAAGGGGUGCCCGGUGGGCUGGCCACAGUGACCUUUCAGGCAGGGAACGAGCCCUCUGCCCCAGCUCUUGAACCUCCAGUUGUUUCUCCUGCAUGCCAGCAGGACAGACGGACUAGCGGCCCACCCCCUAGUGGUGCACUGAGGGUGUGUGCGCCUACCGCACUUGUGAGCGACAGUGGGACCUGGACCCAACCGUUGGGCUCUGACUCCCACGAGGCUGAGGUUGGGGACACGACCCCCCUCGUGUCCCCUAGCACAGAAUGCCGCUCGGUGAGCCCUGCGACGCCUCCGGAGCCAGAGGCCGACAGGAAAGGGGUGUUUGAUCUAAAAGCUGCUGUUAUCUAUCAUACUAAAGAGAUUGAAAAUAUACUGAAUCUGCAAAAACAAGAUCCAAAAAGAGUGGUGGUUUACAGUGAGACCGUGGACUGCGUCGGUCAGUGAGGAGCGACUGGGAAUGCUGGCCUGCUUCUUCUUCACCUGGGUGCUGUGGCUCUCGCUGCCCUGGCAGUCACGUGUGCUCCUUUUCAAAGUAAACCGUUUCUACGCUGAUGACAGCCAUCACUUGGGGCUGUGGACCUUCGAGGGUUCGGGACACGGGUCAUGUGUGUCUUGAUCGGUGCCGCAGGAGGUUCAGAUGGCACAGUAGGACACAUUUUGGGGAACCAGGGACACGGAAAAUUGGAACCUUUGAGAACCAGUUGCCAGGGUGAGCGCGGGAGUGGGGCAGAGACACUGAAAGACGACACGCAACGAAUAGUCUGCUCCCGCUCGAGGACCUGACCUUGGAUCGAAUAGUGACUGCGAUGACCUCAGGGUUGAGAUGGAACUUUGGGCUCCGAGAGCAUUUCCUGUGUGGAGGGAAUAGAAAGGGCAGCCACCUGGUGCCCUAAACCAUUGUCCAGGAACAACCGGUUCCUAAUGGGACACCUUGGUCAUGUUCCUUCAUGGAUUCAGUUCAGUUGGACGUGUGUGUCGAGACACACGUGUACAGUGACUUGGAAUCAGUUUAUAUAGGAUAGAAUGAUGCAACAGUUUGACCUUUUUUGUGAAAGGAUGCCUUGACACAAAUGGAAAUACAAAGCAAUGUCCUGAGGAGUACCUGGAACACAUGGCUGCAGGUGGGGGGUGAACAUGGGACAUGAAAUCUGCACAAAGAGGACCGAAGGUGUUAGUGUUGUCGCCCUUGAGCGGGAGAGCGUAGGGCCUGUUGGAUGUUGGUAGCUCUCUGUACCGAAGUGGAACACCGAGGGCCGAAGAAACAGAUUAGCGAUCGAUUAUCCAUUUUGUCAAUGUUUUCAUACACUUUUUCGCCAGUUUUACCCGCCCCCCGGUUUCCGUUAGCAAAGUGCCAGCAGUGCCGAGUGCUGACAUGUCGUUCCCUGUUGAGAUAGCUAACUGGAAAGCUGUUUCAGACAUGCCGCACCUCAUGCUCAUGACUGUCCUUUCUGAGAGUGAGGUUCACGCUCAGAGACGUGGGGAUGUGAGCUAAGUGCUGGUGGAACCAAAGCUGUAUCGACCAGCGCAGGGAGCUGCUCUACUUUGUCCCCUGACACAGGCUGCCUGAGGUUUGUCUCGCCCAGCUCGCAACGUUCUUAAAUGGGGAGCAGGUGGUGUGGAGCUAUGGACCUGGGUUCUGAUCCCACCUCCUGUCAUAGUACUUUUGAUCAGGGUACCUACCUGAAUUGAUGCCAUAAAAAUUCAGUUAAAGUAGAAUAGAAAUCUGUGUUAAAUCACCUGGGAGGGAAGUGUCAUCUAGUUAGUAAUUGUAGCGAAGAAAAAAAAAAAAAAUCAACAUUUCGGCUUCCUGUGCAGCUUUGGUCCACCAGCCCAGUGUCCUACCCACCUCUCUGCCUUCAUCCUCAUUGGCCCAAAGUGUUUUUAAAUAAUCAUUUUAUUUUAUCAGCUGUUCCUCAUGUGUCAUUUCUUUUUGCACACCAGUACUGUGGCUGGGUGGGGGUCAGCAGUCCCUCGGCCCCUCGACAACCCAACUCCCCAACGGUCCUCCUCUUGCUUGUCCCACAAGUCCUUCUCCGUGUUCUGUUUGACUUAUUUGCACUUUAGACUUGUUUUGAACAGAGCUAUUUGGAAUAAGUGGUGGUUGUAGUAUCCCCUGCGAAUUGUGGCUCUGGGCUCUUUCCUUACGCAUGAAUAAUCACUCAGGUAGAACUAGGGAAGCCAUGCGGUGACAAAAUGGGUUCGCACCUUUUCAUUGCCAAAUGUUGCUGAGGUCCUUGUUUAUUCACCGUUCCCCUGCCACCUGUGCUGCGUGUUCAGGAGGUUUAUUAACCGCGCCUGUUGGCUUUAUGAGACUCUAGAGCUUGGAGGGAUGGCAGUUAAGGAUCUGCCGUGUGCUCCGCCCUUUCUUGUUUCGUUUCAGAACCCGCGGUGAUGGGAUGGGAGCGCACUGCCGUAUCGCUGUGCUCUUCUUGCGGUCCACUUGCUGGCUGCUUCCGGAUGUCCAGGAGAAAGCGGUGGGCACUCUGGGUGCGGCGAUUGCGAAUGUUUUGGAUUAAAGUUUCUGAAUGGGUGUUUCUGCUGCAGCUAGUGCUUCCUUCUCCUUUACUCCUCACUCUAAGAUAAUAAUAGGGAUGGUUUCAGGUGGGAAGAUCCUGCAGGCCUGUACCUGGACAAAAGGGGAUUUCGUACCUGUUUGCGGGGGGAGGGGGGGUCCUGCUUCUAGGUUUAGGAGGUCGGGGUUAUUAGCUAAGGCUUUUUAGUGUCUUAAAUUGCAGCAGACAACCAGCAGUGUUUGCACAGUGUGUGUUGUCCUGUGUGUCUUCACUACUGUCAGUAACGGACAUGUCAGCUGUGCCGGUGCGCUCCGGGUUUGGCUUCUUCGCUAGAUGUUGGCAUCAGUUCUAGUCCCGCCUGGGGCCUGUGAAACUGCCCUGAUGUGGCGAGGGAUCCGAUCCCUUCGCUGCAAACACUGGAGAGUGAUCGAGACUGUAGGCAACACACAGGAGAGCAUUUUAUUUCUUGGUUUUAUUGCUUUUUCUGCUAGUAAAUGUAAUAAAAAUGGGGGGAAAGAGCACUUCAUUUCAUGUGGCGUUUUAAGGGUGUUUCACAGCCGCCUGUUUUUGGGAUGAAACCGGAAACUGGUCAAGUCGACUGGAGCGGCAUUGAAAUGGAGAGCAGGGUGGGUGUGCAAAACUGGGUGAAGCUGCUGUGGUCGUCCUGUGAAAUGACCGCGUUUAUCCGCCCUGCAGACAGCAGCUCUCGUACGCUGACCUUUGGAAGUCGGCGCCGGGUUCGGCUCAGAGAGGCAUCCAAGGUGUGAGCUGAAUCCCAGUUGGAUUAGACCCCCAGUUAUGCUGGACCACUUGCCCCAGCCCAUGUGGCUGUUGCCAUGGUAACAAUAUGCAAACUGUCCAGUGUUGUUCAGCUCUAUUGUAGCAUGUUCAGGUUCUAAAUUUCCUUUUUUUUUUUUUUUUUUUUUUGGUAAAACGUUUUGAACUGAAAAUGUUUGUCGUACAGAAGAUGGUUUUCUGGUAGAAAUGGGCUGAGGAUCAUCUGCUUCCUAUGCAAGGCAGCGCUCGGUGCUCUUUCAGUGUUCAGUCCGACUUUCGCAGAAAACUUCAGUUUCGCAGCAACUUGGUUUCAUGCAUUUCUGUUUUGUUUCGUCUGUUUAACAUGCUGUCAUGUUCUUGAAUUGUCACUUUAUUUUUAGAUGCACAGUGUAGAUUUAAGCCACGCCUCUUAAGAUGGCCAAGAGUCAAGCAAUGAGUGUUUGUAUGUCACAUUAGAUCAUGACUAUUUAUGUUUUGAAGGUAAUUAACUCUGAUUAGUCAGUGUUAAUGUCAAAUAAUUACCACAGUGAACAUUUCCUGGAGUUUUUCUCUGGAUUUGGGAAGCCGGUGUCCUUUGACCACUGUCGCGGUCACCUCCCCCUCCCCCAUUUGGGCUGUGGUUUGGUUCUAAUACGAUUGUUGGUAUCGCACUAAAACGAGUGCUGAUGAACAAAACUAUUUUGUUAAAACACUUGAGGAACCUUCACGGUUGAGCUGACCCAUCUGACUAUCACACAGAGCGCCAAGGGAGGGGGUUUGGACCCCCAGAACAGACCGGUCUACGAUGGGUGAUGUCUGUGUACAUGACUCUGAA